UUAAACUAAAAAAUUGUCAUAAAAAAGAGUUGAAAAACUAUUUUUCCUUUCAAACCGUCCCUAAUCCAACCUUCCAAAAUCCACCGGUGCCCGUCCGACACUCCUUCCACACUGCAACUAACUCGGGCCAAGGAUGCUAGCGUGCAUAGUGGUGUGCUCUGUACAAAGGUCGGGUAUCCCAGUCUCACAUGUCUAAGAGCAUAAUUUCUCGUAUAAAACCUCUGUGCAACCAGAAACCCAAACGCAGUUCACCAUCGAACCUCCAAGUCACACCCAGUGAAAGAAAAGUCGCCUAUGAGGUUUGCAGCAUUCUAAGAACUCAAAGUCACUGGGAACGGAAUGUUGAGGUCCUCCUUUCGGAAGCCCAAGCGGUUCCAUCUGAAAUAGCGCACCUUGUGUUCGACAAAAUUCGCGAUGCUCAAUUGGGCUUGAAGUUCUUUGACUGGAUCUCUCGGAGACCCUAUGGCUGUCCCCUUGAUGGGUUUGCGUACUCGUCUCUCUUAAAGCUACUUGCGAAGUUCAGACUCUUCCAGGAAAUUGAAGCUCUGCUGCGUGAGUGUACAAAAUGCGAGGAGACGUUGCCUACAAGAGAGGCAUUUGAUGAAUUGAUCCGAGCUUAUUCAAUUUCAGGUGUGGUUGAGAAAGCUCUUGAACUCUACUCAUUCGUUUUGAAAACCUUCAAUUUGCUACCUCACGUAGUCACUUGUAAUCAUUUGCUUCAUGGUCUUGUUAGUAAUGGACGGGUUGAAGCUGCUAUGGUGGUAUACAAUGAGAUGGUAAAGAGGGAUGCUGGAAUUGAAAAUAGAUGUUUGGAUAAUUAUAGCACUUGUAUAGUUGUGAAUGGAUUGUGUAAAGAUGGCAUGGUUGAUGAAGGCUGGAAGCUUAUCAGUGACAGGUGGGGAAAGGCGUGUGUGCCAAGUAUUGUGUUUUACAAUGUACUUAUUGAUGGGUAUUGCAAAAAGGGUGAUAUAAAAAGUGCUUAUAAUAUUUUCCAAAAAUUGAACUCCAUGGGUUUUUUGCCAACCGUAGAGACAUAUGGAGCUCUGAUAAAUGGAUUCAGCAACAAUGGAAAUUUUGAGAUAAUUGACGAGCUUAUGAGGGAUAUGGCGGCUAGGGGACUCACAGCCAAUGCCCAUGUAUAUAACAUCAUUAUAGAUGCUAAAUAUCGGCAUGGUGGUGACCUGAAACCACUGGAUGCCAUUAGAAAAAUGAUUGAAGAGGGAUGUGAUCCCGAUCUGGUGACAUAUAAUACUUUGAUCUCUGGUUCAUGCAAAGCUGGGGAAAUUGAGGAGGCUGAAGAACUUCUAGAGAAUGCAAGAAAUAGGGGAUUGGUGCCUAACAAACGUACAUAUACUCCUUUGAUCCAUCUGUACUGUACACAGGGAGAUAUUGACAGGGCUUCAUGUUUUCUUGUUAAGAUGACUGAGUAUGGUGAUCCACCUGAUCUGCCAACAUAUGGAGCUCUAAUCCAUGGUUUUGUACGCUCUGGGCAUGUUGAUGUCGCCUUAACUAUUCGUGACAGGAUGACCGAGAAGGGAUUGUUACCUGAUUCUUGUAUAUAUAAUGUCUUGAUGAACGGGCUUUUCAAAAAAGGGAAGCUUUCUGAAGCCAAGCAGCUUUUUUCUGAGAUGCUUUCUCACAGUAUCGUACCUGACAUGUAUAUUUAUGCCACUCUAGUGGAUGGGAUCAUAAGAAUUGGAGAGAUAAAUGAAGCAAAGAAGCUCUUUCAGCACGCAAUUGAAAACGGUGUGGAUCUUGGUGUUGUGGGGCAUAAUGCAAUGAUCAAGGGCUACUGUAAGUUUGGGAUGAUGAGUGAGGCGGUGUCAUCUAUGAGCAGGAUGAAGAAGUUGAAGAUUUUUCCUGACGGGUAUACUUAUUCCACUAUGAUAGAUGGAUUUGUAAAGAAACAAAACAUGAGUGGUGCACUGACAAUAUUCUGUGAAAUGGUGAAACAGAAGUGUUUAGCAAGCGUGGUUGCUUAUACCUCUCUCAUUAAUGGAUAUUGCCAAAUUGGCAGUUCUCAAAGAGCACUAUAUUUUUUCCAUUAUAUGCAGUCAAAUGGUUUAGUUCCUAACGUUGUUACCUAUACUACAUUGAUUGGGGGAUUUUGUAAGGAAGGACAACUUGCAAAAGCUGCAAUUUUUUUUGAACAGAUGCUUAUUUCCAAGUGCUGCCCAAAUAAUUAUACCUUUAAUUAUUUGGUGAAUGGAUUUUCAAAUAGUGCACAUUCUGUAGUUCUGAAGGAAGGAAAUAAUCCUAAAAGCUGCAAGACAUCCAUGUUCUUGGAUGCUUUUCGAAAGAUGAUUUCAGAUGGAUGGCUUCCAAAUAUUGCUGCAUAUAACUCAAUUAUUGUUUGCCUGAGUUUAAACGGGAUGUUAAAAACUGCACUGGAGCUGCAGAAUAAUAUGGCCAGUAAGGGCUUGUGUGUUGAUUCUGUUUCCUUUGCAGCAUUGUUGCAUGGGAUUUGCUUGGAUGGAAAAUCAAAGGAAUGGAAGAAGAUCGUUUCCUGCAACUUAAAGGAAUCUGAGCUCUGUACUGCUUUGAUGUACUCCAAAAUAUUUGAUCAGUACCUUGCUCGUGGCCUGAACUUUGAGGCUUCAGAAAUUUUGCACAACAUGGUCAGUGAUUGUAAGUCACAUAAUCUUCACAUGGAUAACAUUGAAGUGUCAGCAAAUAGGUGAUGGUUUCUCUUUAAUUUACGGGUUAAAUGUGUAAAACCAAGUCCAGAGACACCAGCAGACCUAUAUGACAAGGCAAUUGCGUGUGCUUUGUUGGACCUUUUCUUUUGAAGAGCUGAAGCACUAAGAGCUGAUAAAAUUACACGUUGUUAUGUUUGCUCAAAACCAGGCAACCAGCCAGGCAGCCACCACGUCUUAGCAAUCAGCCUAAAGUCCUGUUAUUGAAUUGCGGCUCUGCAAGACUUUUGCUAUUUCCUUUUCAAGUGCUUAUCUCCUCUUCAAGCACAGAAGAUAAUGGAGAUCCUGAAUCCCAACAGUAUGAAUAAAAAAGCCUCCUGAGACCUACCCUAUCUCCAGAUCAGAACGGUUUUCUCUGAACAUUGUAAUUGAAGAACACAGCAGAGUUUAAAAUAUCCAAGCACAGAUCAUAAAUUGUCUCAAGACAUAAUUCCAACAUUCAGCUUCUAAGUGAUCUGGAAUAUAAAUAUCUUGUCCUUUUCAGAUGCUGUUAUGGAGAAAAAGAGACCAUUCCUUUAUGAGCUUUGACAAACAAAUGGUUUGUGAGUUCAAGACUAAUAUUAUCAAGUGAGUCAUUGUUUAAGGAAAUGAUGGUGCGGUAUGAUCUCUCACACAUGAAAUUGAAAACAAAACAUGGAUGGUGAAUUAGAGGCCGCCAUUUAAAGGGGAGAAUUGUUUUUCACUCGAGAUUUUGGUGCAUCUUAGCCGUUGAUCACUGAUUAUGUGUGUAGGCGUGGAGCAGUGGUUGGCGAAGCUCUUUCAAUGAUAUGUAUAAGACACUUAUUGCAGGCUGAAUAGUGUCAUGUUGAAUGCCUAUCAGCCUAUGUAUACUACAACUGAAAUGGUUACUAUAACAUGUUGAAUGCCUAUGAAUCCGAGUUUUAGAACAAUGAUUAUAGUUGAGUUUUAUUUAUUCUAAAAAAAAUGAUAUGUAGUACACAAAUAAAAGCAUGUUGG